AUGCCUCCAUCCAACCCCUCAACGAUCGCAUCCAUCUACAACGAACGAAGCACCGCCUACGACACCGCCACCUUCCACCACCGUCUCGCAGAGGAAUACAUCCGCGCCGCAGUCCCCCAGCCAGGCGAACAUGUCCUCGAUCUCGCCUGCGGCACGGGGCUAGUCACCUUCCUCGCAGAGGCGCAGGUCGGACCGACAGGGUAUGUAGUCGGCGUCGACAUCAGCGAGGGGAUGCUGGAGGUCGCGCGGGAAAAGGCUCAGAGAACCGGGUCGCGAGUUACCUUCUACCAGCAUGAUAUCUCUGAUUUAACUGGUUUGGAUUUGAAUCCGGGAGGCGAAGGCAAUGGCACAGGGCAGUUCGAUUUGAUCACCUGUGCGGCGGCGCUGGUGCUGCUUCCUGAUCCGCUUGCAGCGAUACAGUGCUGGGCGGCGCUGUUGAGGGAUGGCGGCAGGCUGGUUACGGAUGUGGCGGCUCGGGAUGUGCAUGUCCCUGCGCGGAUCUUUGAGCGGAUUGGGCCGGAGUUGGGGCUGUCGUUGCUGUGGGAUCAGAGCUGGGUGAGGGAUGAGGAGUCGUUGGCUGGGUUGUUGAGGGAGGCCGGGUUGGUGGUCGAAAGGGUGUAUUUGAGUCCUGUCUUCCAGGUGAAGGAGUACAGGGUUGAGCAGGCUGGGGAGCUGUUCGAGCAGGCGGUUUCGGGUCCUAUGUUUAGGAAUUUCGGGGAGGGGACAGUAAGGGACAGGGCGAAGAGGCUGUUUGUUGAGAGGUUUGUGGAGGAAGCUGGGGAGGAGGGUGUGUUGGUGGAUGAGGCCAAGAUGUAUAUUGGUGUUGCGGUCAAGCGGUGA